GUAUUGCGUAUUGUGCGCAUUAGCAGGUUCCUCAGCAUCCUGUGUACAUGAAACAUGGAAAUAUGAAAACUGAAACAAUGAAAGAUAAUAAGCGGGACAAAGCGGAAUGAGAGAAGAUCGAAUUGAUAUUUGUAGUCGGUCAUACCACAGUUCUUUCAAAUGCCGCUCUUACGAAGUAUAAAUGCUGAUGCCUCUCUGGCUGUCUUCGUCUUGUUAACUUUAUUCCGAUGUCAAUAUGUGAGGGGAGAUGAAGCUUUGUAUCAAGAACAUGUGAAGUUACUUGAUGAUUUGUUUCUGAACUAUGACAAGAUCGCCUUGCCUCAACCAGAUCCCAAAUCGCCAGUCAAUGUCACCCUUGGAAUUGCAGUCGCGCAGUUGAUCAAACUGGAUGAACGAAUGGAGGGGAUGAAUCUUAAUGUUUGGUAUAGAAUGGCAUGGAAAGAUCACAGGUUACAAUGGGAUCCAAAAAUGUAUAGAAAUAUAUCCAGUUUCAAGAUUGACUCGGAUUAUUUGUGGAUACCUGAUAUCAUGCUUAUGAAACCGCUAACUUCAGAAGCAGGCCAUGUGAUUGGAAUGAAGAAGAACGAAGAUGAUCUUGCAUGGAAGAUUAGUGUUUCUUCAGAUGGAACAGCAUACUUUAACUUUCCAGGAUCUAUUUACGGACAAUGUUCCUUGACUAUAGCAGACUAUCCUUAUGAUGAACACAAAUGCUCUUUUGUGUUCACAUCCUGGGUGCACGAUGGUUCUGAGCUAGUAUUAAAACUUCGAGAAAGCAACGCAUUGGAUUUUGGAAACUACGUUCAUAAUAACGAAUGGCAUAUUGUUGGCAAAGAGCCUAAGUCAAUUGUAAAAAAAUUUACAUGCUGUCCCCAUCCAUAUUACAUGAUUAGUUUUAAUAUCCAUAUCAGACGUGGUGCUUCCUCGUAUGUCUCGAAUUAUAUCAUUCCUUCAAUUCUGAUUGCUAUUUUGUCCAUAAUGAUGUUUACAUUACCACCGGAAGUGGGAAAACGCAUGGAAAUUGGAAUUAAUUUACUGUUGUGCCUAUCCGUAUACCUGACAAUACUAAAUACCAAAAUGCCUACAAGAUCCGACGCUUUUCCUUUGCUAUCAAAAUUCUAUGGCUGUUGCAUAUUCAUCUUGACAUGUGCUCUGUUAUGCACCUGCUGGGUAGUCGCAUACUACUUUCAUGAUUUGUCUGGAUGGAAAAUUUACUCCAUGUCAAAAUUCGUUGAGAUUGGUGUCCUGAAGCAUUUGAGAAAAGCUUUAAAGUUUCCAAACGCUACCAAGGUUUACCCUUCUGAUAUUUUGGACACUGUCAAUAAUCAGAGAGUGAUUGAAGUAAAACCAGUGAGGGUAGAAAAAUCAAGACUCGCACAUGAUACUGGAACAAAAAAGCCCGGUGGGUUACUUCCGCCAGCUGAAGUAUUUGUGAAAGAAAACGAAAACAAGAAACCAGUCGAAAAAUCAAUAAAUAAUCCAGAGAGAAAGUCGAAACCAGAAAACGAAAACAAGAAACCUGUUGAGAAAGCAUCAAAUAAUUUGGAGAGAACGCCAAAACCGGAAAACGAAAGCAAGAAACCUGUUGAGAAAGCAUCAAAUAAUCUGGAGAAAAAGGCGAAGUCAGAAAACGAAAGUAAGAACUCGGUUGAGAAAGCAUCAAAAAACGAUGAACGCAAGCCUAAACCAGUAAAUGAGAACAAAAAAUCGAUUGAAUCACCGCAAGAAUACCAGGAGAGAAAACCAGAACAGGAAGACGAAGGUAUAAAAUCUGUUGAGAAAGCAUCCAAUAAUUUGGAGAAAAAAACGAAAGUAGAAAAGGAAAAAGAGAAAUCAUCGAAAAAGAAAAAAAUAGUUGAUGAAGAAACUUUAUCAGAGAAUAAACCAGAAGAAAAGAAAAAAGAAAAACCAGGCAAGGAACGCAGGAAAAACCAAGACGAGGUUAAAAAUGAAAAAGAAAAUGACGGAAACAAGGAAAUGGCAAGCAAGCCCAAAAGAAAAAAAGAAAAAAGGGAAUCCAAAGAUAGUGUUGAUGAUACGGAUUUAAAAGAAGAACCAGCCGCUGAGAAUGACGAAAAGCGUUCGAAGAAAAAAGGAAAGAAAGAAGGGAAAAAGGAUGGACGAAAGAAACGAAAUAAAAGUGAAGGAGAUGAUGAAGGCGAUGGGGAAGCAGUCGAAAAGAAACCAGUUGUUUCAGUAGAAGAUCAGGGCAGAGAAAGCGAUGCAAGUCAGAAUGUUCGGAACUCAAGAAGUGCCUCCCGUGAGAGUAACAACAGUCAAACCUCGAAGAAAUCCAACAAUAUCUUUGCAAAUACAGUCGCACCAGGUUUAGCCAGCACCCACAAAAAGGAGAGACGUCGAGAGAGACCAAAAAAAGACUUGGGAGUUGUUAACAUGGGAGCUGACAACGAGAGAAACAAAAAUGAGAAUAAUAGUAAUGAAGAAGAGAAGAAAGCGAGUGGUGUGAGAGAGGCACCAUCUUUGAAAGUAGAUACUGCUGAAGAUGAAAAAGCAAGUAAAAAGAUAUCCACAUUAGGAAAAAAGGGUACAAUCAUUGGCAAAGUUAAUUUCCCUGCAUUGGAUCAAACUUUUGAUGCCAAGCAGGAAACCAAGAAGAAACACGACAGCAUCAAACUUUUAAAAGAACUGUCAGAAUAUUUCUCGGAUCAUUUAGAAAGAAAAAAGAAUCGUUACCAAUGGCGACAGGCAGCUAUUGUUUUAAAUAGACUUUUCCUUAUCCUUCUGUGUGUUAGUAUUGCAAUGUCUAUCAUUUUGGUAUUUCUAGCACGCUAAAAUAGGCACAUAGAGUACAUACUGUAGCAUAUUUCACUAUUUAAAUCCUCGAAGGAUUGCCGCGCGUAUGCUUCAAAAACUUGUGUAUUUGAUUAUAUGGUACCCACAGUUACUAUGAGAGCUCGCAUUAUCUGUUAUAAAUAUUAGCACAAUUAGAAAUUCACAUGGUUCCAAAAUCCAUUAUAUAAACUCGACACUCGUUGUAACGGCAACUACACUUGGACAUUUAAGUAAGCGACAGUAAAAUAAUUUUCACCAGGGUCUUUUUUACAGAUAUACGCUUCCGUGGGAAAGGAGUGGAACCAUCAACACUUUCCAUUUAGGUCCACUUUCCAUUUCGUUUAUCCUCUUUCCAAGUCAAUUUCUCAAAAAAGACCCUGGUCUUUACAAUUCUGGUAGUUGCAUGAGGACAUCCACAAAGGAGAAAUUUGAUAAGUCAAUACAUCACGACACUUUAUGUAUAGAGAUUUGAGGUCAAUAUUAUGUAACGAAGUUAAGUCAUAUAUAUGAUAAGCAAUAU